AUGAAGAUGAAUCCCGAAACCAAACAAUUCCAAAUUUUCGUUCAAUCCCCAGACCUCCAAAUCCCAACUUGUGCCCUAACCCUUGAUAAAAACCCUAAUCUCACUCUCCGAGACCUCAAACUCUCCCUAUUUCCCAAAUCCCAAACCCUGAUCAAUUCCCUUUUCUUCACUUUCAAUGGCCGAACCCUCCCAGACUCCACAAUCCUCCGAAAUUCCCAAAUCACGUCUCUAUCUACUUUAAUUCUUCGUUUUCGCCUCCCUGGCGGCGGUGGCGAUGGAGGCGCCACAGGAGCCGAGUCCCGCGACUGUUAUCUUAAUAUGUAUGCUACGAAAAAGCCCGAUAAGGUUGACCCGAAUGAGAUAAGGUUGUCGAAAUGGUUAAAUUGCGCUUUGUCGAAUGAGCCACUGAAACAUCCAGUUGUGGUGGAUAAGCUUGGGAAUUUGUUCAAUAAGGAGGCGUUGGUUGAGGCUUUGUUGGGUAAGAAACUGCCUAAACAAUUCCGGUAUGUGAAGGGAUUGAAGGAUAUGAUAAUGGUGGAAUUGGAAUUGAUUCCAGGGUUGGAGGAAAAUGGGGAUGUGAUUGGUGGAACGAGGUUUCAGUGUCCGAUAGCAGGGUUGGAGUUUAAUGGGAAGUAUAAAUUUUUUGCUCUGAGGCCUUGUGGGCAUGUGUUGAGUGCUAAAGCUUUGAAAGAGGUAAAGUCCUCGACUUGUUUGGUUUGUCACAAAGAGAUUGAGGACAAGAUUGUUAUUAAUGGGAGUGAAGAAGAGAUUGCAGCGUUGAAAGAAAGAAUGGAGGAGGAAAAGGGGAAGAUUAAGGUGAAGAAAGAGAAGAAGGUGAAGAAUGGAGAUGUGAUUAUGAAUGGGGAGGAGGGUAUGGAGUUGUCUCGGUUGAGUGGGAAGAAGCAUGGGAUUGAGGGUAAGGCGGUGGAGAAGGUUUCUGCAAAAUUAGAAGGAAAUAGGAAGGUUGCUAAUGGUGGGGUUAUGGCUAAUGGUCAGAGCAAUGGGACGGCGAAGCGGUUUAAGGCAGCUGCAGUGGCACCACCUAAUGCUAAUAAGGAGGUUUAUGCUUCUAUUUUUACCUCAUCGAGGAAGUCUGAGUUUAAAGAGACAUAUUCUUGCAGAUCACUGCCGCUUGGUAGAAACUAA